AUGGCAUCCACCAUGGCAUCCGAUGCGUCUAGGAAGCCUCGGGCUAUCGACGUUUCGCGCCAUUCUACAAUGGACUCUCCCCCAGGCAUUGACGCAUUGUUCGUCAUUCGCUUUGACAUCAGAGCUGGUUAUGUGAUUUCGUGGAAAGAAACCGCUCCAGGAGUUGAAAUUGAAGGGGUGGUCGAAUACAAGUCCUUACCAUCUGGACUACACAACGUGACGGAAGACCUGGUGUACUUCGUACACGAACAAUAUGCAGGAAUUAGCGCGUUCCUUAACCAACCAGCAACAGAAGCGGAGCGCAAUGCUAAUAUGUUUGCGAUUGGAGUUUUAGUCCCAUUAACAUCUGGAAGACUUGGGAAGAGCUGGCUCCACGCCUCAAGAUUGAAGGAGUUGACAUUGAAGUAUGCGGGCAAUAUGGCAGAAACACAGCCAUUAUCUGAUUAUUGGCAAUCAUGUCGAAUCGAAGGCACUGAAUCUGCCGACCCUGAGUCGCCUCUUGAUUCCCCUUUGAGCCUCCGAUUCGGACCCGACCUGUCAAAUCCUCGAACCCGCGCUUCAACUGAUACGAUGAUGUUGGAAACGGCCAGGCCGGCCCUGACACCGUUCCAUCCGGCUUCUUCACUUCCUGAUUUCAUCGAUUCCUUUGGACCAUUGGUUUUCCCGUUAUACAGAGCAGCGCUGUUGCGUAAACGAAUUCUUUUCAUGAACGAAGCACCAGUGCAUAUGCCGUGCAACUUUGUCUAUGAUCUAUCCCUGUUGGCAUCCCUCCCAAAUUCUCUGCUGCAGGUCCUUCCAGUUGACGGCAUUCCGCCACUGCGCCCCCGUCCACUUUUCAAUAUCGGCAUCCAUGAUAUUCCUUACCUCUCGUCCUUUGAUCCUUCUAGAGACGUAUUGAUUCCUGAGAAUGACCCUAGCUGGAUUGCGUGCACAACAGAUAGUGUCUUGAGCAUGAAGCCUGAGCUUUACGACACACUCGUCGCUCUCCCUCCACCGCACUCCGAACAUGCCGCUGAACGAGUAUUCCCUAAAAUAAGCCUGAUGGACCAUUCAAACACCAAGAAAAACGUGAAUCAAACCAUUCAAGUGAAGGCAACGCAGCGAGAUGCCCGCCGCUACACUAUGCUUCGCCAAGGCCUCCGACAAUUCUCCUCCGAAAGAUCGACCCCAGACACAGAAGAUGAUGGAUCCGAUACUAGAUCAACCUACUCAUCGAAUUUAGUUGUAGAACCUCUCUCUUGGACCAGGCUAGCUUAUACGUCCUUCAUUUGGUGGGCAUCCGCGGGCGAGCACCGCGAUGGCCUAACGGAAGAAGAAGAGGAGCAACAAACCGAACAAGACGCCCGACUUCUGGCAAGCGUGGAAAGUCUUGCAUACCCAAACCCUAACUCAACAAGCCGUCAACCCCUUAACUCUCAAAAUAUCGCCCACGAACCAAUGGAAAUCGCGCUGGUAGCCUACUUCCGCCGCCUCACCACCCAGAUAUUCUUUACUCUCGCCGGUGCGAUUGCACGUCACGACGCCGACAAUCCAGACCAGGAAGGCACUAUGGAAUACAGUGAUGCACCGUUCAACGACGAAGCCGAUGAUGACACUGACUUUACUCGUUUCAACUCACGUCAGUCUAUUGCCUUCGACGACGAAAAUACCCCCAUCCUACGCCACAGAUCACAUGCCACGCAUACAACCGAACAUGACUCUAACUCGGUCCAGUCUGCCGGUGAUGCUGAGAAUCCAGUGACUAUCACCAUCGCAGACAUGUCAGAGAUGGGACUUGACGUUUGGAGUGCCACGGAUCGAAUUUUCGUACAGGAACUGGUUGCUCUUUGGUGGGGACGUUCUGCGUAUGUUGAUAGUGCCCGUAUUCGGUGCUGUGGCCUUCUAAUCUUGUAG